CGAAACGAUGCGUUUCUAAAACACUUACAAGAAAAUGGUCACUUACACGCGACCCCACUACCUCUCCGUCUAGACUGCUUCGGUCUUCCGAGGGCGCCUUGUUGAAGGGGGCAUUCGUGGUACCUAAGGGCGAACUUUGUUCUUCUGUGCCCUCUCCCAAUCUCCCCCUCUUGCUCGCAGCCCCAGAAGGCCCGAGGAAAGGGUCGGGUCGCUCAGAACGUGGUGGACCAGGCCCGCCACGACCAUUAUACCUUCCGUUCGCAGUUGGUUGUGUCACCGAUGAUUCAUCCAUUGUCCAACGUUGACGACGCAGCUGAGGCUCGGGUUUGAAAGAGCGUUGUGAAACCCCCCUUCUGCUGUACUGCAUCUUCUUGUGUGGCUUCUUUCCCUUUCUGCCUCUACGCUUGUCUCAGCGGUCAUGACUCUUUCCACGAGGCUGUGUCAUUGAUGGCACCCCUCAACCAGCGACUUUGUGCAGCAGCUCAUGAUUUCACAUACAACCAUUCUGACUGUACGCCAACUAUUCGUAUUGAGGCUUACAAUCUCUCAAAGCGCGGAUACAUACGGACUCUCGGCGAUUCCACCUGUUGGGCGAUUCAGUAUACCAGUCGGCGACAAUGCACGGCGCCGUAUAUCUGCUGGUACUUGAGCCUCGCCCGUUUUUCAGAUGGGCCAUUCGCUCUGCACAUAUAACGACUGUGCCCCUUGUUCCUUGAAAUUAGUCCCAGGAUCAUCGACUCGAGUUUCCUUACCUCUUCAUUCCAACAGCAACAGGCACCAUGAAAAUAUCUUCGGGUUUUCUCAUUCUAUUGCUUUCGGCAUCAGGUGGCGCGCAAGAAGACAGCAAUAAAUCCGAUGACUUUGUCUCAUGGCAAGAUUCUCCCAAUCAGCGAGGUACGAUGGAUAUCGUCUGGUCAUGCUUGUUCACCGUCUUCAUUUGUGUUUGGACCGCCGUCCAUCUCAACGUGCCGGCUCCCCCUGAUACCGACACAAUGUUCGCCUUGUGGCUGAGGAGGAUAAAAUGGGGUUCGCUCCCCUUCAUUCUUGUUGAACGUCCAACUAACGCAUGCCUAGUCGGAAACUGCUGCAUGGUUCCCGAAAUCGUUUUACUGUUAGCUGCCGGCCAGUGGUCCUUGGCUCGUGCUUGCUGGCGCGAAAUGAGAGAUGUCAUCGCCGAGCUUGACGAGGCACAUGAAAUGGAGGCUGGCGAGAGACUGAACGCAAAGUCCACGGCUACCCCAACAAUCGAGCUUAGGGGUCCCAAUCUUGAACCUGAUUCGGAAGAGGCACCGGAAGCAGAGAGGACACGACCAAAAUUGCGCCGAGCUGAGACGUUUGAAGAGCUGAAAAGAAGGAAACAUGAUGAGAGGUGGACAUUGCGGCAUGCAUUCUAUGCCAACAUGGGUGGCUUCCGGCUCAGAGACAGCACGGGCCAGGUGUACAUUGUCACCGCCAAACACAUCAACCACCUGGUUCGGAAGAGAUACAUCGACCUGCCCAAGAUAACGCCCUUGGAAAUCAAUGACCGAAGCAAAUCCGACAGUCUGGCCAAAUUCUUGGCCAUCUUGCAAGUGGGAUCGCUUGCCAUACAGGUGAUCGCCCGAACCAUCCAAAAACUGGAAACAACGACACUGGAGGUCACGACUUUGUCAUUCGUUGUUUGUACGUUAGGCACUUUCAUCGCCUGGUAUCGGAAACCCUACGAUGUGCAAACUUUUAUUGUGCUCGAUAUGCCGGGCUAUGCCAUCGAAGACAUCGAAUUGAAAUUCGUGGAGAGGAACGGCAAGCAGCGAGAUUUGCUGCAGGAAUAUAUCACAGGACAUCAAACGAGUAACGUGGUCGACAACGAUGGCAAACUCCUGGCGCCGUACAACAAGCUGACGAUCAUCGAUGAUGGCCUCCCGACAUUUACCGCCUCAUUCACCGACGUAUAUGGCCAUUUCUGGGGGCGAAAACCCUAUGAUGCAAAUCGAAUUCGCAACGACCGCCUGCCGGUGAUGGAAAAACCAGUCACACUUGUCUGCGCUAUCACAACGCUUGCUUAUGCCGGCCUUCAUAUUGCAGCAUGGAAUAUACCUCUGGCGACCAACAUUGAACGAUUGCUCUGGCGGAUCGCGUCCAUUGUGCUGAUAAGUUGUGUGGUCGUCUGGUUCUUCAUGGACCACUUUGAGGAGUAUUUGGCCCACAGAAGAGUCAAGAAGGGGAAGGUGACUGAUGGAGUGAUUGUCCCUUGGUGGAGAAUCCCGGCAUCGAUCGCUGUGGCUUUUGUUUAUGGCUUGUCUAGGCUCUAUGUGCUUGUCGAAUCAUUUGCGGCGUUGAGGUGGAUGUCGAAGUCAGCAUACGAACAAGUAGACUGGGGGAAAUGGGUGCCGCACCUGUGAUCACCGACGGCGCUGAGACGGUUGCCAAAGUCAGCAUACGAACCAUUAGACUGGGGGAACUGGGUGCCGCACUUAUGUUGGUGUCUUGAUGAGGACAACGAGUGAUGAGAGAGGAACCUUAAAGAGACGGCUAGUAUGGGAAUGGCGAAUGAUGAAGGAGUUCUGGGUGCACAUAUCUUGCCCUUUGGGAUGGGUCGGGUCGAUCUGGCGUUUGUUAGGAUCCAGGGUUGUUCACUGGUCUUCUUUUAAUGCUUCUGUUGUUGCAAAUUGAGGCCUGCGAGUCAUUCGAUUUUG